AUGUCCUCCCCAAUGCGCCCAGGCGCCAGCCUGGAGGAGGAACUGGACUACUACAAAAAGCAAUACGAACAGCUCGAAGCCGACCUCGCGGACUUCCAGGCUAGCAGCAAGGAGCUGGAAGAGCAGCUCGAGCGCGACAUUGAGACUGCGGAGAAGAACGAGCGCAAGCUGAAGGAGCAGAUUGAGAAGUUGAAGUAUGAGGCAGAGGAGUGGAAGACGAAGCACCAGCAGUCCAAGGUGGAGUCGAACAAUGCGCAGAAUGUGCUGCAGAAGGAGAUCACCGCCAUGCGGGAUACGAAUCGGACAUUGCAGUUGAGGUUGAGGGAUAUUGAGGUGGUGAAUGAUGAUUACGAGCGCCAGGCCAGGAAUACGGAGUCGAGCUUGGAGGACAUGGAAAGCAAGUACAGCGUGGCGAUAGAAAGAAGUGUGUUGCUGGAGGGGGAGGUGAAGACCGGGGAACAAGAGCGGGAGGCGUUACGAAUUGAGACACAACGGCUGCGAGAUGAGCUUGGUGACCUCAAGAUCGAGAGCGACAUCACGCUGGAGAAGCUGUCGCAAGCGGACCAGACUAUCGAGCGGCUACGAUCCAGGAAACCGAGCCCGCUUGCUGUGGAAAGUCUCCGAGCGAGGAGCCCGGGGAGUGAGGCCAGUGGGAUCACGCCGUCUUCGCCAACAGUCUCGACAUCGCCACCCAAGUCUGACAGUGUAUCCGAUGCGCCCACGCCGCCAUCACCACCACUGUCAGACGCUCCUCUUAAUGAUCCCGCAUCAACUUUACGUCCUGGUGCAGCUGGCUCACGAACUGCCGCCAAACACUCACGGGGUCCUUCGGUUGCAUCGAGCACGGCGACUUCAGAGGCCAAGGCGAUGAGACCACCACCUCGACCACGUCAGUUUUCGCGUCCAAGCCUUGGAGCUGCAGAGAGCCUCCCCAGAUCCGACUCGCUCUACCAGAUCCGAACACUUCGCGGCAGAAUGCAAAAGAUCGAAGAAAGGGUUCACUCUGCUCGGUCAAAGCUACCCAGUCAGCCCAAAGAGCGCACACCAAAGAACUCACCGAGUACUAGGUUGGAACCCAAGGACAACCUGCCUGCUACUGUGACAAUGCGCCGCAGCAUCAAACGUCCCAGCAGCAAUCUCGGCUGUUUUGCCGAUGCUGCAUCCGAUGUGGCCUCCACUACAAACUCCGAUGCGCCCAGCAGACGCGACAGCCACAUUAAACGUCUCUCCUUCGGCAUCCCGAGGCCGACCUCUUCAGCUGCUGACCGACCAGGCUCAGCCCUCGACCGUCCACCUUCAGCAGCUGCAGUCAGCCGACCAAGUAGUCGCGCGAGUCUCGCAUCCGCUUCAGCAAACCUCCACCCCGAGCGUCCCGGCAGCCGCGCAGGCGCACGCACACCCAUUGGACAGCUCAACUUCGCUUUCAAUCCCACCGCCGCGCAAGGUCGACCGCGGAGCAGUGUCGGGGGCACAUAUGCUACAGUCCACGGCACACCGCGCAGUCAUCGCCCGAGUGCUAGUAUCAGCGAGCUUAGAUAUCACGCUCGAGAUAACGACACGGCGGGCGGCGCAAGUAGUCCCGGACGAAGUAGCGCGAUGUCGCAAGCCAGUUCAAUCACGCCUUACCCUGCCGGGCGGAGGCAGAGCGCUGGCAUCUCGACGCCGAAGACUGUUGCGAAGAGGGCGAGUACAACUGGCAUUGGUGGAAAGGAGGAUGCCGGAGUGGGCGCGAUGAGACCACCGCCUAGUCGGAGGAAGAUGAGUGAUGUGGGCGAGACGUACUGA